UUCACAGAACUUUUCAGAGACACAAGAAAGAGAGAAUACAGAAGAAAUGGAAGGUCUAAGACUUAAAUACACCAACAUGGAGCAGCAGAGCAACCACAGGAACCACCAGACCCAGGGUUUGAGCUCGAGGUCUCUGGUGGUGCGCCGAGGGGUGCCCUUCAAAGUCACCUUGUUCUUUGAGGGUCGGGGCUAUGAUUCGCAGGUGGACACUUUGACAUUUGCAGCUUUCUUAGAUAGAUCAUAUGUUGCAUUCCCAGCCUCUUUCGCAAUGCACAAUCCCCAGUCUGGUUGGAAUGCACAGAUUCUGCAAGGAGACGUUUACUCCAAGUCCCUGUCAGUGCAAAUCUCCGCACCUCCUUCUGCUUCGAUAGGGCUCUACACUCUCCACUUUAAGGUUCAGUCUCAGUAUCAGACACGCAACUACAUCAUCGGAGAUUUCAUUCUGCUGUUCAAUCCUUGGUGCCGUGGGGACUCCGUCUUCCUGCCUGGGGAAAACCAGAGAGAGGAAUACGUCAAGAAUGACUUUGGGUUUAUCUACACGGGUACACCCCAAAAUAUGGAGUCUCGGCCAUGGGCUUUUGGUCAGUUUGAAGAAGGGAUACUGGAGAUUUGUCUGAAUUUGCUUCAAAUAAGUCCCCAACAUGGAAGAAACAGUGGAAGAGACUAUUUCAGCCGACGGGACCCAGUGUACAUAAGCAGAGUUGUGUGUGCCAUGAUUAACUGUGAGGAUGAUCGCGGAGUCCUCAAGGGGAACUGGUCAGGGGACUACAGCAGUGGGGUCAACCCCUCAGACUGGACAGGGAGUGCCGAAAUCCUACAGCAAUGGGCAAGGUCCAAAUUCAGUCCAGUGCGGUAUGGCCAGUGCUGGGUCUACGCGGCCGUCAUGUGUACAGUGAUGAGGGUCCUGGGAAUCCCGACACGAGUUGUCACAAACUUCAACUCUGCCCAUGAUACUAAUGCCAACAUGAUCAUUGAAGAGUACUACAGUGACAGAGGAGAAAAAUUAAACAUUUCUGCAGACAGCAUAUGGAAUUUCCAUGUGUGGGUGGAGUGUUGGAUGGCUCGUCCUGAUCUGGGUUAUGGAUGUGAUGGCUGGCAGGUUUUGGAUCCAACUCCCCAGGAAAGAAGCGAGGGAGUGUUUUGCUGCGGGCCAUCUCCAGUUACAGCCAUUAAAAGGGGAUGUGUGAAUCUCUUGUAUGACGUUCCCUUUGUGUUUGCGGAAGUCAAUGCUGAUGUACACACCAUCAUUGUGAGGAACAACCAAGAGAUUAGUCGCUCUGUGGACAGAGGAAGGAUCGGCUCUUUGAUCUGCACCAAGAGCAUUGGGCUGAACACCUAUGAGAAUAUCACCACUGCCUACAAGAUCCCUAAAGCAGGCACAUCAUACAGGACCACCAAUGGAGGGGGACUUGGCGGCAGAGAGGACUUUAGACUUCCAAGUGGGAGAAAAAGCGUGGAAGUCUCUCUGCUGAUGAGGAAGCCACCCAUAAUGGGGGAGAACAUAGAGUUUACUGUAAACAUCACCAAUAAGAGCAACUUUGCUAAGGUCUUGAGGGAAUGUGUCAAUGGUCAGGCCAAAGAGUACAACAGCAGUGCAUUGAAGGCCUUCUGGGAAGCUUAUAACGUCAUUAAGAUUGGGCCCUUUGAAGUUAAGACCAUAAACCACCAGAUUCCCUACUCCCUCUAUGGCAAAGAACUUGUGGGACACAAUCUGAUGAACCUGGCAGUGGUGAUUGAGGAUGAAGAAACAAAGGAAUGUGUUUUAGCAUCAGAAGAAAUCAACAUAAGCAGCCCAACAAUCUCAAUUGAGCUUGCCAAUGAACACAACAUUGUGCAGAAUGAGGAGCAGACUGCCAUCAUUGUCUUCACCAACACCCUCCCCGUGCCAGUGAGCGAUGGCACCCUGACUGUAGAGGGGGUUGGACUGAUUGAGGGAAAAUUGCAAUUUGAAUUACCUGUCCUGCAGGCUGGUGAGAAGGUGGAGAGGGCUGUGAGGUUCACUCCCAGGACACUUGGGUCAAAAAUGCUGCUGGCACAUUUGAUAACCAGGAGCAACAUCUACGUCAGUGGAUUCAAGACUGUCUAUGUUAAAGCAGAAUAAAACAGCAGCCCCAGUAUUGCACUGAUUGUAUUUCUUAUUUGUUUUUGCACUGUAAGACUAUAAUGAACGUUUGAUUAUGAAUGUAUGAUUCUGGGGACAUAGGAAUGAUUCUGUCAGAUGUAUUAUUUCUGCAAGUUUCUAUGUACAUUCAUCAUUUUUAAAGGUGUUUAUUUUUUCAUAUUUAUUCAUUUAUUUAUUUAUUUAUUUUAAUUGACAGGGACAUACAGACAAUUCACUGAUGUUAGGCAAUGAUGACUCUUUUUAAAGUAGAAUUGGUAAUGUCUACACAUCAAUAAUAAGCUAAAUGUAGUGCUUUAGAGCUAACAUGUACUGUAAAUGUCUAUUGUAGUUUUAAUGCACAAUUUACAACUUGAAGAUUUGACUGCACGCUCAUACUGUGAACAUUCACAUAACAUAACUUUUAGACAUAACUUUGAGUCAUAAGUGUUAAUAUUUAAUAUCGUAAUUUAUUUACUUUAAAAUGUCUUGUGUCAAUGUACAGUUGUUCAAGUUUGGAGACAUAUUUAUUCUAUUUUUCACAAUGGACUGGAAUGGGCUUUGUAAGAUGCUAGGUGACUGCUUUGCAUUAUGCAAUACUAGUCUUAUUGUUGAACGUGUCAGAUGCCUUUUGAUAAUCAGCUGAAAAAAUAAAUGAAUAAGGAAUCCACUAUGUAAAGCUUUAUACAGUGUAUAAAAUAUAUAUUAGUAUUUGACAUAAAUGUUUUCAUAUGUCUUUAUUUUCAUCCUGUUGUAAUUUGGCUGCAUGGCACUAAAAUUAUUUUAGGAUCAUUUCAGGAAUGUGUCUGUGUCGAUUAAAACCCAAAGAAGAUUCAGAAAAUGAAUUAUUUCUGAAGUGGAUUCUUUGUAUUUUGGAUAACAUGGAUUAUUUAAUAAAUUAAUGCAGUGUGUAUUUGGUUUUUUUGUGAUUUGUUUUCCAGAAUAUAUGUAAUGUUGGCAUUUAAUGAACAUUAAUAGUGUACCAAUAAGAAUGCAUCAAAUACACUACAUACAGUAUAGUAUACAUUUAAAAAAUAAUAUGACAAAGGAUGUUAUCAUAAGCACAGCCAAAUAAAGGGACCUGUUAACAACACUGAUUUGAAAAAAAAUAUGUAUCUUCAUACCUAUAUAGAAUACCUGCACUCUCUUGUAGGAGUACAAUAAGACUAUACUAUAUUACAUAAGAUUAUAUCAGUACAGUCCUACAAUGUUAAUUUCUAAUAUAUUUUGUCUUAAUACUGCAGUUAAUCAGUGUACUGCUUCUGGGUAGUUGUGAUUAAGAAUCAGUUUAAUGUGAUUGAUAAAAUGCUGAAAGUCAUUACUUUGAAAAUGUUUUAAAAACUAAAAAGGAAGUAUAAUUAUGAAAGAAAACGAAUAGGUAGUUUGUGUGUUUUGACUGAUGUUAAAUUUGGUAUGGGAAGUGUGUGGAUUAUACAGUAUAUGUGGUUUUGUUAUAUCCUUCCAUACCUGGAAAUGCUACUCCCUUGUUUAAGAAUAAAGUGAUU